AUGUUUUUCGGCUUCACAAACACAGAUCUCAUCAAGCUUUGCCCUGAUUUGAUUGACAUGCCAGAUGUCACUAUCCAACAUGUCAAUCACAUUCUGUACUUCUCUAUCCUUCACUUUGGAGCCUGUAUGCCUAACCACUACGCCUUCCAAGACGAAAGUCGCGAGCUUGACUGGCCCACUCUUGUCUAUGUCGGCGCAUUGCGCGCAAUACCUGCCUGGCAGCGUGAAGCCACUGGCACUAGAACGGACUCUGCAGCUGGGAUGCUUUUGGCUCUCACAGCCAGCGAGCAUUUCGACUUCGCCCUGGCGUGGCAGAUGAUUGAACUAUCCUCAAAUUAUGCGAAAAAGAUUCAAUUGCACGCAACAGACUUAGACCACUCAUGCGAUCGCCCAGGUGUUACAGACAAUGAGCGCAGGGAUAUCUGGGAUCUUGUUAGUAAGAACCUGGUUUACCGGCUACUAUUCAACAAAUUACCCGGCAUUGGCGGGGAUCCAUCUGAUUGGCACGUAAAUCUCCCCCGCCUUGAUGAUACGAACACCAUAGGGUCCACGCAUGGUGUGCCGAACCCCUUGGCCAUUGUCUUCCUUAUCCGAUCGCGACUGACUUUGACACUGAUGGAGCACUUCCAGAUUAUGAGGACGGACAACCCUGAGAUGAUCAUUGACACUACGGAAAGACUCUGCCUUGAUCUCCUCCAGACAUAUGACGGGUGGCCGAUUGUAAGCGAACUUUCAGCAUAG